AUGUAUAACACUGCCCGCGCCAUGAAGCCAAAGCUCUCCUUGAGCAUCUCUGCUGCGCAGAAUGUUACGCGACCCUCUCUGUCGCUCAAGUCACCAAGUGCUCUGCCUCGGACGCCCAUUUCGCCCAUUUCCGCCGCCAGCCCAACUAGCAAGAGGUUCUCCACACUGCAGGUACCAACAUAUACCUACACCAACUCUUGUUCCUCGAAGAGCAUUCUCAAGAAGCAACCAUCUUCACGGACGGGCGACAAGCGCAUUCAAUUUCAAGUAACACCGACCGUCCACUGUGUCACGCCAAUUGAGAAUCCAGACGAAUACUACGGCAAGCACAUGAAAAUGUCUCGAGAAGAACGGCGAUGGACAGUUCGACAAUGA